CAGGAGCUGCCGCGAAGUCCUUAUAUUCCUGGGCUUCUUUCUCCUCUGGGUACCAGCCCCUUACUGUCCUGUAGGCGUUCGUGCUUGUGGCCAAGAGAAGGACUUAAAUUCCUUAAAUCUCAGAAGGUCCAAGGGUCUGUAUUCACAGACAUCUCGAGGCAAGAAAAAGAGGAAACUAUCCCGAAUCCUCACGGCUGGAAACAACAUCAUGCAAAAACCCUGCAAAGAAAAUGAAGGAAAGCCCAAGUGCAGCGUGCCAAAGAGAGAGGAAGAACGCCCCUAUGGAGAAUUUGAACGCCAGCAAACAGAAGGGAAUUUUAGGCAAAGGCUGCUUCAGUCUCUCGAGGAAUUUAAAGAGGACAUAGACUAUAGGCACUUUAAAGAUGAAGAAAUGACAAGGGAGGGAGAUGAGAUGGAAAGGUGUUUGGAAGAGAUAAGGGGUCUGAGAAAGAAAUUUAGGGCUCUGCAUUCUAACCAUAGGCAUUCCCGGGACCGUCCUUAUCCCAUUUAAUGCAUUUCUCCCCUGAAUUCAACUAUUUUCUGUUAUUAAUAGUACCACAAUUGGUUUCUUUUUGUUUGCAUUUUCUUGCUAAAUAUUGCUACCAUUUUACUCCUAUCCUUCAGUGUUCCUUUGAUUUGCAUAUGACUCCUGUUACCAACAUCUCAUCUUUUGACCCCAUCUCACUCAUUUAAUAAGGAUGUUUCAUUCAUUUGCAUGGGAAGAUGCUCAUUUAUAUUGUAAAGUGAAAAUAAUAAGUUGCAAAACAGUGUGUGUGUAUAUGUGUGUAUAUAUGUAUAUACAUAUACACACUUUAUAUGUACAUUUAUAUAUGACAAAAUGCAAAAGAAAAAGUCUGAAUUACUAUACACCGAAAGGUUAACAGUGAACCUCUGUGUGAUCUGUAUUUUAUUUCUUUUUUGGCUAUCUGCAUCUUCUCAUUUUCCACAAAAUGAAUAUAUAUGUGUGUGUAUGUGUGUGUAUUGUGUCACAAAAAAAACCUAAAAUAAACAGACACAAAAAAACUUGUCAAUCACCUUUGAAGGGCAGUAAAACACUUAAUAAACUCUGGACAACAGAACUAUAAAAAAGAAAUGUAAACUUCAAAUUACCUCUGGAUCUCUUAGCCAGAGGAAUAAAACUGGCAAU